GUUGAGAUCACCCCCUCGUCAGCGAAAUAACGAGUCUACCCGCCCGCACGAGGGAGACACGGUAGCGAGACGAUCCGACCAGUUCAAUUGACCGAUCCCCGACGCCAAAGAGCGAACCGUUUGCCCGCCAUGCCUCAGGAUAUGCCCCCUCGGGGCGGGUACGAGCCCGUCCAGUACAAGCGAAACCUCCCCGCCAAGGGUUUCCGCCCCGGAAUCCUCCUCCUCGGAAUGGGCGCCGUCAUGGGCUACGGCUGGUACAAGCUGAUCCACGGCAUGCGAGAGGCCAACGAGCUCGCCCGUGAAAAGAUGUGGGCCCGCAUCAACCUCAUCCCCCUCCUCCAGGCCGAAGAGGACCGCGACCAGGUACGACGAUACCUAGCCGACCAGAAGCGCGAGAAGGAGCUGCUGGGCGACAACGCCAAGGUCUACCACAGCGACCGAUUCGUGCGGCCGACUUUUGCCGUCGUUCCCCCUCCCACCACAAACUAGACGAGCCGAGGGUAUGGAAAGGUGUAAAGAGAAGAGAUGGCUUUGCGAUUUUGGGCCAGUGUGUGUAUAUAUGUUAUCUGACAAUGAGUGGUUUUGCCACGGCCACCGGAAUUGAGGGAAGAUCAAGGC